GAAGGGAGGAAGGUCGCGUUCCGAUGAAGAGUUCUGGAGAAUUGGAAAGUGUGAAUGCUACUCUUGGACUUCUUGGCUGCCCUUGAGAAAGGUGGUGAGCCCUGUCCAGAUGUGGUUGCAUCAGGAUUGAAUAAAGUGAGGCAAGGAGGAUUUUUGCACAGAGCCACCAGGAAGAGCCCUCCUUCAAGAUGUUCCUCCGAUUGCUGUCUGACGUCCGGUGGCAAAGGGCCGGUCAUGGAUGGUGGGGUAUCUCCAGUGGCCGACACAGCAGCACCGGUGGCCCAGAGCCUCACCUGGCCCCACUGCCGUCCCAUGCGCAGGUGGUGAUCUGUGGAGGGGGUAUCAUGGGCACCUCGGUGGCCUAUCACCUCUCCAAGCUGGGGUGGAAGGACAUCGUCCUGCUGGAACAGGGAAGGUUGGCUGCUGGUUCCACCCGAUUCUGCGCUGGGAUCGUCAGCACCGCACGGCACCUCUCGAUAGAGCUGAAGAUGGCCGACUACUCCAACAAGCUCUACCAGCAACUGGAGCAAGAGACAGGGAUACAAACGGGUUACGUGAGGACGGGCUCCAUCUCUUUGGCCCAGACGCAGGACCGGCUGAUCUCCCUGAAGCGCAUCGCCUCGCGGCUCAAGGUCAUGGGAAUCCCGUGCGAGAUCAUCCCGCCCAAGAGAGUGGCGCAGCUCCACCCGCUGAUCAACAUCCAUGACUUGGUGGGGGCCAUGUAUGUACCGGAAGACGCGGUCGUCUCGUCUGCGGACGUGAGCCACGCUUUGGGCCAUGCUGCUUCUCUGAACGGGGCCCAGAUCCACGAGCGCACAAGUGUCAUCCACGUCGUGACCCAGAAAGGCUGCGUGGCCGGAGUGGAGACGGACCGGGGCCUGAUCGAGUGCCAGUAUUUUGUGAACUGUGCUGGACAGUGGGCUUAUGAGCUGGGCCUUUCCAACGAGGGACCGGUCACCAUCCCGCUGCACGCCUGCGAGCACUUCUACCUCCUCACGCGACCCUUGAAGACCCCGCUGGACAGCAGCACACCAACCAUCGUGGACCCCGACGGGAGGAUCUACAUCCGCGGCUGGCAGGGCGGCAUCCUCUCGGGCGGCUUCGAGAAGAACCCCAAGCCCAUUUUCACCGAGGGACGGAACCAGCUGGAGAUACAGACCCUGCAGGAGGAUUGGGAUCACUUUGAGCCCCUUCUGAGCGCCCUUCUGCGGCGGAUGCCAGGCCUGGAAGCCCUGGAGAUCGUGCAGCUGGUGAAUUGCCCAGAGUCCUUCACGCCGGACAUGCGGUGCAUCAUGGGGGAGUCGCCCAACGUGCAGGGCUACUUCGUCCUGGCGGGCAUGAACUCGGCCGGGACGUCCUUUGGCGGAGGAGCAGGCAAGUUCCUGGCCGAAUGGAUGGUCCAUGGCUAUCCUUCGGAUAACGUCUGGCCCUUGGACCUCAAGCGCUUUGGUGCCCUCCAGGGCAGCCGCACCUUCCUCCGCCAUCGCGUCAUGGAGGUCAUGCCCCUGAUCUAUGACCUCAAGGUGCCCCGGUGGGACUUCCAGACCGGGAGGCAGCUGCGCACUUCGCCCCUCUACGACCGCCUGGACGCCCAGGGAGCCCGAUGGAUGGAGAAGCACGGCUUCGAGAGGGCAAAGUACUUUGUGCCGCCCGGGAGAGAUCUCCUGGCCCUGGACGCCAGCAAGACCUUCUACAAGCCGGACUGGUUUGACAUUGUGGGGGAAGAGGUCAAGUGCUGCAAGGAGGCCGUCUGCGUCAUCGACAUGUCCUCCUUCACCAAGUUCGAAAUAAGCUCCACAGGAGAGCAAGCCCUGGACGUCCUGCAGUACCUCUUCUCCAAUGACCUGGACGUCCCUGUCGGACACAUCGUGCACACAGGGAUGCUCAACCACAACGGCGGGUACGAGAACGACUGCAGCAUCGUCCGUGUCAAUAAGCGCAGCUUCUUCAUGAUUUCCCCCACAGACCAGCAGGUCCAUUGCUGGGCUUGGCUGAAGAAGCACAUGCCUGAGGACAGCAGCCUGAUCUUGGAGGAUGUCACCUGGAAGUACACAGCCUUGAACCUGAUCGGUCCCCGCGCGGUGGACGUCCUCUCCGAGCUCUCCUAUGCGCCCAUGACGCCGGACCAUUUCCCUUCCCUCUUUUGCAAGGAGAUGAGCGUGGGCUACGCCAACGGCAUCCGCGUCAUGAGCAUGACCCACACCGGGGAGCCUGGCUUCAUGCUCUACAUUCCCAUUGAGUACGCUUUGCACGUCUACAAUGAAGUGAUGAGCGUCGGGCAGAAGUACGGUAUCCGGAACUCGGGCUACUAUGCGCUGCGCAGCCUCCGCAUCGAGAAGUUCUUUGCCUUCUGGGGCCAAGACCUGGACGCCUUCACCACCCCCUUGGAGUGCGGGCGCGAGUUCCGGGUUAAGCUGGAGAAGGGCACCGACUUCAUAGGGCGGGAUGCGCUGAUGCGCCAGAAGCAGGAAGGGGUCUACAAGCGCUUCACCAUGUUCAUCCUGGAGGACCACGACACGGACCUGGACCUCUGGCCCUGGUGGGGGGAGCCCAUCUACCGCAACGGCCAGUGCGUGGGCAAGACCACCAGCAGCGCCUACAGCUACACGCUGGAGCGCCACGUCUGCCUGGGCUUCGUCCAGAACCCGGACCCCGAGACCGGGGAGCCCCAGCUGGUGACGCCCGACUUCGUCAACCGGGGCGAGUACGAGAUCGACCUGGCCGGGCAGCGCUUCCAAGCCAAGGCCAAGCUGUACCCCUUCAGCUCCCUCUUCACGCCCCGACGGCGCAAGGAGGACAUGGAGCUGAGCGGCUUCCAGGGAAAGUGAGGCCAACGCAGCUCCCUCAAAGGGCAGUGGCCACCCAGGCUCUUCCCUUGAUGCUCAGAAGGCUUCCAAGUAGCCUUCCUGGUCUGUUACAUUUUUGUAAAUGCCCGUAUUUUAUCCUGUCCCACCUUGAGGGGUUUCCUGCCUUCCUUGAUUGUGUUCUCACCUUAGUAGGCCACAAAAACUCCUGGGAAGGGAGGAAGUGAGGAAGUGUAGACCUAAACCUUCUUUGUGUGGCAUUGCAAGGCCUGGCACAACUCCUGGUGCUCAGCUCGGGCUUUGGGACUCCUCUUGUGACCUUUAAUCAUAUCACCCAUGGACCCAAGCAAAGGUUUUGCACACACGAGAGACCUCUUCUCCUCCUUUGUCGCGAUUUGCAGCUUCAUUUCUUGUAGGCCAUCUUGUUGGAAGGGUUGGCAGGAAUUAGAAGGAAAACUCGUCCGCUUAUUUGGAAGCGGUGCAAUCAUUUAGUGUGGAAAGAGCCUCCUAACCCCAAAAAGCAUUGUUGUUCAUCCUUCGCAGGCUCCUUGGCAUCAGAUUGGGAUGACGUUGAGAUAAGCUCUAUGGAGUGGCCCCUCUUUCCUCACUUCUUCUGUGUCUUCGGUUGGUUGCGCGGUAUGUUUUUGUAACUGGUGGGAAGGAAGGGGAGUAUAGAGUUGGAUUUUCAGUGGCAAUCAAUUAUUAUAGACCGUUCUUGUAGGGUUGCCAACGAGCAUACCCCAAAGGGCUGCAAGCCGGGCUCUUUUGUGGCUCCCAUGCCAACGACUGGAAGUUGUCCACCUUCCGGGCCACAGUGUAGUCUUCCCGUUUUUCUGCAGAGGUCUCCAAAAGAACAAUAGCAGAAAUCAUUUAUGGUCAAGUCUCUCUGCAUGUGGAACCCAGCUCUCAGAACUUCCUAUGGAAUAGAUCUCUCAUUGGUAAUGGAGGCUGGAGGGGAUUGGAGACAUGUCUGGAUGUGUUCCUAUUGGAACAUCUCCUGGAAUCAACUGGAACCUUCUGGAUAGUUCAGCAUCCACCUCUGGAGACACAACAUGAUGCCGCUGGGAUGUCUUCUGCUUGAUGCCUCAUUGGUAAUGGAGGCUGGAGGGGAUUGGAGACAUGUCUGAUUGUGUUCCUAUUGGACCAACUGCAAUCGACCGAAUUCCUCUGAUAGUUCAGCAUCCACCUCUGGAGACAUAACAUGAUGCCACUAAGAUCUCUUCUGCUUGAUCCCUCAUUGGUAAUGGAGGCUGGAGGGGAUUGGAGACAUGUCUGGAUGUGUUCCUAUUGGAACAUCUCCUGUGAUGGACCAGAUUCUUCUGACAGUUCAGCAUCCAUCUCUGGAGAUAUAACAUGAUGCCUCUGGGAUCUCUUCUGCUUGAUCCCUCAUUGGUAAUGGAGGCUGAAGGGGAUCAGAGACAUGUCUGGUUGUGUUCCUAUUGGAACAUCUCCUGAGAUCAACUGGAGUCCUCUGGAUGGUUCAACAUCCAUCUCUGGAGACAUAGCAUGAUGCCACUGGGAUCUCUUCUGCUUGAUCCCUCAUUAGUAAUGGAGGAUGAAGGGGAUCAGAGACAUGCUUGUCUGUGUUCCUAUUGGAACAUCUCCUGCAAUUGACCGGUUUCCUCUGAUGGUUCAGCAUCCAUCUCUGGAGACAUAACAUGAUGCCGCUGGGAUCCCUCAUUGGUAAUGGAGGCUGGAGGGGAUUGGAGACAUGUCUGGCUGUGUUCCUAUUGGAACAUCUCUAGAGAUUGACCAGAUUCCUCUGGAUAGCUCAGUAUUCACCUCUGGAGACACAACAUGAUGCCUCUGGGAUCUCUUCUGCUUGAUCCCUCAUUGGUAAUGGAGGCUGGAGGGGAUUGGAUACAUGUCUGGAUGUGUUCCUAUUGGAACAUCUGCGAUUGACUGGAUUCUUCUGAUAGUUCAGCAUCCACCUUAACAUGAUGCUACUCUGAUCUCUUCUGCUUUUUAUUAGCAACGGAGCAGUCAUGGGAGCCUUUGCUGCAGUGAUUUUGUGUGUGUUUGUAUGCAGAGAAUGAGCCGUUGCGUAAGGAGAAAGGGAAUCCCUUGCUCUGCGAUGUCUGAAAAAAAUGCGUACGGAGGCGUAAGGUGGAUUUCCGCUUGCCACUGAUAGGAUGCCAUGCGAUAUCAAUAUUGUGUUGCUCUGCUGCAUAAAUGGUGGGGUUUGGGGCUCAAUUUUUGUUUGAGUUGAUUGGGGAGAUAUCAACAAGGCUUCUGAGAUUCUUCCAAUGAGUCCUAGCCAUGUCGUAGAUGAUGCCUUGUCUUCUGUUGGCCUGUCUUUUUCACUCCGGUCCACUGUCUGAUAGUUUCUGUUUUGGUCAGGCCCAGCACUGGACUGUCCCUAGUCCCACUCUCUCCCAGUUCAAAUCUCAAGCUGAGACUGGAACUGGGAUUCUCCAAAUGCUUCUUUGUGAACGGGAGUCUUUCUUGAAGCUUCUGACGGACAUUUGAAUGAGGAGGCAAAGUAGUUUUUCCCACGUGAGUGCAACAGAGAGCACUUUGGGAUCGGUCAGGUUCUCUCCAGUAGCCAUUUGUGGCUCCUCGCAUGGAUUGAGGAGUCUUUCUUGAGGCUUCUGACGGACAUUCGAAUGAGGAGGCAAAGUAGUUUUUCCCACCUGAGUGCAACAGAGAGCACUUUGGGAUCGGUCAGGUUCUCUCCGGUAGCCAUUUGUGGGUUGAGUUGCAAACUGUAAUGAUGACACUAUGCCAAAAAGGGACUGGAGAAAUUAAGUGUAAGAAUGUCCUCUGGGUUGAGGUUCCUCACCAGCAGGUUCCUCACCUCAGGUAGAGAGGCGUUGGACCCAAAAGAGAUGAGUUUUGGACUUUUGUCCGAAACGGGAAUAAGUGGGGCAAACGCUUCCUUCUCACCAAGGCUUGUUUUGCUUUUUUCUCCCAUCCCCACAACCUCCUUGGACCUCCCGUAUUGCUUCAUUCUCACUUGUUGGGUGGAGAUACCUUUGGAAUAUCCCCUUGAGUAUCUCUCCGUGAAUUUAGAUCAAGCUAAAUGUUUGGAAACGUAGAGGUUGCCUUCCGUUUCGCGCCCAUUCUGGGUUGGGAGGCACCACCUGACCCCUGUUGCCCUCUUGCCGUUGUCCACUCCUGUUUGGCUUCCCGAAUCCGUCAUUUCGCUGCUUUGAUGCCAAAAGCAGAAGGUGCUUUUCUAGGAGCGAGAUGGAGCAGAAGGGUUUGCUUAUUGUUUUCCCACGCUCCGUCUAUCACUCACCUAGCCGUGUUUUGCAACCUUCCUCUUCUAAGCAUAGUUUACCAGGAAAAUUCGUUUGCUACCAAUUCUCCUCUUCUUACACUCCCCCAAACCCAUCCUUCCAAGAGUCACUCCGCUUUGGAUUUCUGAUGCACUUUAAACAGGUCCGUAUUUGCAUUGACGCCGAAUCCCACCCUUCUUCCCCUAUCAUCCGCUCGCUCCAGGGAUUUGUUUUUUAGCAUUACUCUCCAGUUAAAAGCUCUCUUCUCGAGGUCGUAGGCCAAGCCGACCUCUCUCCUCUUCUUUCAGAGUGCCUUACUCACUCGUGAAUGUUUCCGGAGGGGAACGGAGCCCGGCCUCGGCUCCCUCCGGCCUCCAAGACUUGACUCUUCUGCUGCUUUGCCUGGGACGGGCUCUGCUAUAUCAGGGCCGGGGGUGCUUUGGGGGGUCCCUCACCAUCUCCUGGGUUUUCAGAGGACAGUCUGCUUGAAUUGCUUAAAGAGGGAAUCCUUGGAGACCUUGGACACCCCUCUUUGGAGGACUCCUUUCUCUGAAGCUUGGAGAGAUCGCCUUCCCAUCCGUUCAACUGGGAAGCUGCAUCUUUGUCAUGAGGCGCUUCGGCACGUCCUUCCCCGUUCCGAAGCGGUUUUCGAAAGCGACUACCUGGUUUGUAUAUCAAUAAAAGAGUCAUUUUAACUA